UCCCCUCCGCGACAGUUUCCCGAGGUGCCUAGUGCCUGAGCGGCACGGACGAGAGUAAGAAGGAAGGCAAGAUGGCGGACGUGCUGGAUCUUCACGAGGCUGGGGGCGAGGAUUUCGCCAUGGAUGAGGAUGGGGACGAGAGCAUCCACAAACUGAAAGAAAAGGCGAAAAAACGGAAGGGCCGCGGCUUUGGCUCCGAAGAAGGGUCUCGAGCACGGAUGCGUGAGGAUUAUGACAGCGUGGAACAGGAUGGUGAUGAACCUGGACCGCAACGCUCUGUUGAAGGCUGGAUUCUCUUUGUCACUGGAGUCCACGAGGAAGCCACUGAAGAAGACAUCCAUGACAAAUUUGCAGAGUACGGGGAAAUAAAAAACAUCCACCUCAACCUGGACAGGCGUACAGGAUACCUGAAGGGGUAUACUCUAGUUGAGUAUGAAACAUACAAGGAGGCCCAGGCUGCUAUGGAGGGACUCAAUGGCCAGGAUUUGAUGGGACAGCCGAUCAGUGUGGACUGGUGUUUUGUUCGGGGUCCACCCAAGGGCAAGAGGAGAGGUGGCCGAAGACGCAGCAGGAGUCCAGACCGGAGGCGGCGCUGAGAGGUCCUCUGUUGUCCAGAUGUUCUCUCCAGAGAUUCUACUUGGCCAUGCAGCCUUGGAGAAAUAGGGCAGGGGUAGAACUCACUGUGUUUAUAUUUAAUCUCUCACCCGACUUGCUUAGUGGGUUGGUUUUUGUUUUUGCGUUAGGAAUAAAUGUCCCAUUUUUGUUUUGUACAUUUAAAA